GGCUUUAAGUCGUUGAUUAGGACAGAGGCACAGCUUUCUGUCCCAACUGCCUGGCUGGCUGGCUGUGUGUGUACCUAUAGCCCCCUCUCCCUGGCACUCACAUCCACAGAGCACGCAUACACACACAUCCCUCACAUCUACACACACGCAGAGCUGAUCAGUGCAGGCAGCGCAGAGCCUGGUAAUUGUAUUGCUCCUACCAAGCGGAAGGAAGGACCAAGAGAGAGGAAGAAGAGAGAAAGAAGAGGAGGAGAGAGAGGAGAGAUAUAAAAACUUUGAUCUUUGAGAAUUUUUUUGUUUGUUUUUCCCUGGAGGUGGUUGACAUGACAAUGACCCGGAAUCGCCGAUGGAUUCGGUAGGACACCAGUUAUCCGAGUGUUUUUUAAUGCACUCUGAACAAGAGUAGAAUGAACUUAUCGAAGGGGCCAUUGGUGAACAGCAGCAGUGAAGAUAACUCCAAGUCAAACUAUAGUAAAUGCGGCGCUGGCGCCUGGAGGAUGCACCAGAGCUACGAUCCACUAGAGGCCAACCACAUGAGAGACGCACAUGCCCUCUACAACCCCAGGCUUCUCUGCAGAAUGUCCAGUAAGGAGCGCCACCUAGACUCCAACUGUCCGUCCUCUUAUAUAAAGACUGAGCCGUCUAGUCCUGCCUCCCUGACUGACAGUCUAAACCAUCACUCCCCUGGUGGCUCCAGCGACGCCUCAGGCUCCUAUUCGUCCACGAUGAACGGCCAUCCCAACGGCUUAGACUCCCCGAGCCUUUAUGGCUCCAACGCAGGGCCCCUUGGUCCUGCCGGCGGCCCCGGAUCAAAGCGUUACGAGGACUGUUCAUCAACAAUUGGAGAAGAUUCACAGAUUAAGUGCGAGUACAUGUUGAAUUCAAUGCCGAAGAGGCUGUGUCUGGUGUGUGGGGACAUUGCGUCAGGAUACCACUAUGGAGUGGCAUCCUGUGAGGCCUGCAAGGCCUUCUUCAAACGUACCAUCCAAGGCAACAUAGAGUACAGCUGUCCAGCCACCAACGAGUGCGAGAUCACCAAGAGGAGACGCAAGUCUUGCCAGGCCUGCCGCUUCAUGAAGUGUCUGACUGUGGGCAUGCUGAGGGAGGGAGUUCGUCUGGACAGGGUUCGUGGUGGGAGACAGAAGUAUAAACGCCGGAUAGAUGCUGACAACAGUCCAUAUCUGAACCCACAGUUGGCUCUGCCUCCCAAGAAACCAUUUGCCUUUGGCUGCCUUGCAGAUAACAAAAUCGUCUCUCACCUGCUGGUGGCCGAGCCAGAGAAGAUUUACGCCAUGCCUGACCCAACAGUACCAGAUAGCGACAUCAAGGCCCUGACUACGCUGUGUGACCUGGCUGACAGAGAGCUGGUGGUCAACAUCGGCUGGGCCAAACAUAUCCCAGGUUUCUCUACGCUGUCUUUGGCAGACCAGAUGAGUCUAUUGCAGAGUGCAUGGAUGGAGAUCUUGAUCCUACGUGUUGUGUACCGCUCACUGUCCUUUGAAGACAAGUUGGUGUAUGCUGAGGACUACAUAAUGGACGAGGACCAGUCAAAGCUUGCUGGACUUCUGGACCUGAACAACGCCAUCCUUCAGCUGGUCAAGAAAUACAAAACCAUGAAACUAGAGAAGGAGGAAUUUGUCACUCUCAAGGCCAUCGCUUUGGCUAACUCAGACUCCAUGCACAUUGAAGAUGUGGAUGCAGUGCAGAAGCUUCAGGAUGUGCUCCAUGAGGCCCUGCAGGACUAUGAGGCUUCACAGCACCAGGAGGAUCCCCGCCGGGCGGGCAAGCUGCUCAUGACCCUCCCCCUGCUCCGCCAGACCUCCACCAAGGCUGUGCAGCACUUCUACAGCAUCAAGCAGGACGGCAAAGUCCCAAUGCACAAACUCUUCCUGGAGCUUCUGGAAGCCAAGGUCUGAGGAAGCACGAGCUAGACGCCAGUCUGACCAGCUGAGCUUCAACAUGAACUCUCACUUUGAAUGACCUCUUGCUCUUUUACACACACACACACACACACACACACACACACACACACACACACACACACACACACACACACACACACAGUCACACACUCAAACACACACCUACAUACACACAUGAAUAUGCCCCUGAAGUACGUCUGCUGACACUUCCCUCUGUGAACAAACCAGUGACCUAAAGCUCUAACCUGAACCCCAAAACCUCCAACGUCUGUGACAAAAAGGGGGGGAACUUAAACUUUUUGUCGGGGGAGAGUUUGACCGACUGACAUGACCACCAAUCCUGACAAAAGAUGAUUUUUCCUUUGAAAACUUUGAAACAGUUUCAGCAGUGGCUCUGAACCGUGAAGAUGGUAAAAAAAAAUAUGCAUUUAAUAUCGAUUAAGAGGUCAUUAAUGACAAACGCUUGAGGACACAUUUAAAAGAAACUGAAAACGCUCCAUUGUAGUCCUGAGAGACUGUAAGACUGCACUCGUGUCUCUGUUCCCCUUCUCUUUUCUCCCAACAGAGUUUUUUAGUGUUCAAGAAGAAGAUAUGUAGGGGGAGAAAAGGACAUUAAAGAUGUAUUUAAGAUGUUUGAUUUCAAAUUACAUGUAGAAUGAAAUACAGAUGGAUGGACAGAAAGAAAGAAAAGAAGAGGACAUUUUCCCUGCCAAAGAAUGGAGCUCAUCCAUUCAGAGGAUGCCAGCAAACUUUACUGUCAUAACCCAAAACUGUUUCUGCUUUGAUCUGUGAGUCGCUUUCAAUGCUGGGCCUCGAGAGCGCUGCUGGUUUUCAGUGUGUCCAGUUAUUUGAUUUUUUUUCUGGUUAUAAUGAAAAUCAGCACAGCUCAAAGAAAGGCUUGAAAACACUCUCUUCCUGGUGUACCAUGACUCCCCUACUUUCACUGCAACUUAAGUAUUUGUUGUAUUUGUCAAGAAACAGUGGCCCUGGUCUCCCAAACCUGACAGUACUACCAUUGUAUUUGUGUUUGAACACUUGAGGUGGCUGAAAAUGCUUUCAAAUAGUGUCAUUUCAGAUGUGAACAAUUCACAGAGUUCAUAAGUAAAAAUACAAACAAAUGAAGACUUGGUCCAUACUUUAAAGAAUGGACCUGUGCUUGUCCAGCUGUGAGUUGUAGACUCACUUUGCAUUCUCUGUGAUGCUAUCUAUUUUGACAAACGCUCCUAUUGUUUGGACGUAUGAAACAUUUUCAGCCCCAGGGUUGCUAUUCUCCACACAUAAAUCGGUUGAAAUUUCUGUCCAAAAAGGUGCCAUGAAGAAUAGUCCAGCCCAUGCUCAUUACCCAAACUCCCAAAAACUGCAAAGCAUCACUUCGAAAACGACCCUCCUUACUCCGCUGCAUUCUCACCUUCCAGCUCAUCUCUUGAGGCAGAACUGAGAUGUUUUUGAGAUCCAUUCAGGGAGUAAUGAGGGAGCUCGAGUCAAUGCAAUACAAAACCAGAAGGACAGGUGUGCUGAAAAAAAAGAACAACUGUUGUUGCUUUGAAACUUAUUUUUCUCCUUUAUUUCUAUCUUGAAAAUAACUUUAGUGAUGAUAAUACCAGUAUUAGGGUUGUAAAUAAGUCAUCCUGUAUAUGACAUAUAACACGGCUUUGUUUUUGUUAUUAAUAUUGUCUUCUUAAAACUGAAUCAAUCAA